CAGAUUUUCACUCCAGAUCACUCAAAAAGCCAAUCUCCGCGCCUUCAAGCCACUCUCCUAGGCAUUGUAUCCACAUCUACCACACUGCACUCGCACGCGCGACUAGCACUUAAUCUCAUCCAAGUAGUUGAGUCACAUCUUGACACUCCCACCUAGGGAGUAUUCAUCCAAAGUGAUCUUGAAUCAUCAUCAUCAUCAUCAUAUCUAUUAUAUCACCAGUUCGUCAACACAAUGGCGGUUACAACCAUCGAUAUCAUCCCUAAGACCUCUUCCUCUCCGCUGUCCUCCAACAACCCUUCCAUGAAUAAGCGCUGGCCCCCUCUUGCCGACAAGACCUCCCUCCCCUACAAGCUCACCACUUUGUCGCGUCAGAAAUUGGCCCGCGAGGCCACUGCUCCCGACCCGGACAUCCGUCGCUGCCUUGGUCACUUCCGCCUGCACUGCCGGUCCAUGGAAUGGGCGCAGAAGGAUAUGUCGACGCGCAUCAACUCGUUCGAGAUGGAGGACGACGAGUCCGAGGAUGAGGAGGACCGGGACGAUGAGAACAAGAAGCUUCCCGACGACCGCAAGGACGAAGACCUCACUUCGAUCAAGCCGGCCUCCACUGAGCCUGCCGACAAAGCUACCUCUGAACUGGAGACCACCACAGUCCACGUGAGCUUCCACGUCUCGGCACCUCCAGCUGCCGAUAAGGAGAAGGAGAAGGAAGGGCUUCUCGAGAAGGGCCGCAACUGCUUGGAGAAGACGGUGCAAAGGAAACACUUCUGGCCCUCGCCGGGUCAAUGCCUGCCUGUUCGGAUUGCAGGUUGAUUUUCCACGACGCUAUCAACUACUCAACCCAUCUCUCAACUCUCUUGAUACCUCGACAUCCUAUCUUCAAAACGACUCACCUCUUCGCCUACAAAACAUGUCUCAAAUCCGACCAAACAAAAUCCCGAAAAUCCACCACAAACCUACCACC